GGACCCGGAAGCACUUUUGUGUCGGCGGGGACAGCGCAGCAGCGGGUGUCGCGGUGGCAGCUUUGCCUCAGCCCUGGCCUCGGUGCCCGCCGCUCCCCGCCCGCUCCACGGCCGUCCCUAGGCCGCCGCCUCGCCGCCGCUGUCCUGUUGCUGCUUCGUCGCCGCUUGCUUCUCCUCAUGAAGCCCGUCGUCGUCUUCGUGCUCGGCGGGCCCGGGGCGGGCAAGGGAACGCAGUGCUCCCGCAUCGUGGAGAAAUAUGGCUACACACACCUCUCUGCUGGGGACCUCCUUCGAGACGAGCGAAAACGGCCAGGCUCACAGUAUGGAGAACUCAUUGAGAACUACAUUAAGGAGGGGGAAAUUGUACCAGUUGAAAUAACAAUCAGCUUGCUGAAGAGGGCUAUGGAUCAAACAAUGGCAGCCAAUUCUCAGAAGAACAAGUUCUUGAUUGAUGGAUUUCCCAGGAAUGAAGAUAAUCUUCAAGGCUGGAAUAAGACGAUGGAUGGAAAGGCAGAUGUUUCUUUUGUCCUCUUUUUUGAUUGUGACAAUGAGAUAUGUAUCGACCGCUGUCUGGAGAGAGGCAAGAGCAGUGGUAGGAGUGAUGAUAAUCGGGAGAGUCUGGAGAAGAGAAUUCAUACAUAUCUGCAGUCUACUAGGCCUAUAAUAGAUUUGUAUGAGAGAAUGGGGAAAGUCAGAAAAGUGGAUGCCUCUAAAUCUGUUGAUGAAGUUUUUGAAAAGGUUGUACAAAUUUUCGACAAAGAAGGCUAAUUCCCAGCUUGAAUAUUCAAUUAAACUUGUGCUUGAAUCCUGCUUGAAUAGCUGCUACUGCAGUCCACUCUUUGUAAUUGUUUUAAAGAAUUUUUAAAUUGUUUUUCACAUAUCUAAUGAUGAUUCAAAAAGCAGGUGAUUACAAAUGGAUCUGUUUUUUUUAAAUAGGAAAUAAUUUCUUGUGGCUAUGGUAUACAAAUUUCAGGGUUCUCCAUUAGUACAAGCUCAAUUACUCACCUGGCAAAACCACAGUUGAAACAUCUCUCUGCAGAGACUAUUUAUUCUGUCAUGGCUCUGUGCCUAUCGUGGGCAGCCCUUCUUCCAUAUUGCCAUACACCUUUUUUUUUUUUUGUGCUUUAAGGAUCAACUAAAUAGCAGCAUUAAGCAAUGAGGGACUCAUGUGCCCUUGUUUGGUUUUUUUGGAUGCUUGGACCAAGUUUAGCAGGUAUUUUUUCAGCAUAUAAUUUUGUCGGGAAGUUCCCUGUUAUCCCCAGACCUGAAUUCUGUAAGUCAAGCUGCAGUUAAUAUGAGAAUCUGUUGUAGCAGUUCUCACAAAACUAUUUAAUAUGCUCUUCAGCAAUAGACAUACAAAAUACUUUAUGGAUAGUGGUGCUUUCUUAAGGCUGUGGAUGUAGACUGUCUUGUAAGUUCUUGAGUACUUGGAUGACAUGACCCUGGGCUUAAAUGUGUCUUCAUCUGCAAGUGGUUAAGAAUAUAAAUUAAAAGUCAGGUCAGUAUUUCCAUACUCCUUUAUUUUAAUAGCUAUAUUCUUAAUUACAGUGUGGUCUUCACAACAUGGCAAAACUCUUAGGUAAUGUACAGUAAGCAAAAUCUUCUAACAGUUAUAUCUUUCUUAGUAAGUGGAAGGGAUUUUGUGUAUUAUUAUUAUUAUUAUUUUUAUUGAAUACUGUGUUAUUGAAUGCUUUAAGGUUUGUUACCUGGGGAAAUAUUUUUAUGGUUAAACUAGUGAAUUUGUUUCCCUAAAAUGGUAUAAUUUUAAUAGCUGUCUGUUUGAAAAGAUUGUAAAUUAUUGCACUUUUGUUACAAAGUGGUCAGCUGAGGGGAAGAUACCUGCAGGAAAAAAGUUCCAUUCCCCUAAACACUUUGAGUCCUCCUGCUCUUUCACCUUGUCUUGAAUGAGCCAAGUACAGUCAGCAGCAAUAGCUGGGCUGAGCAGAUAACCAGCUGAAACAAACUGGUUUAAAUGUUUGCACAGAUGUGGUGUAAUUCUGCCUUUUGUUUAAAGUAACCUUUUCUCUCCCCUAUAGAGCUAGCAUAGGGCUGUGGGGCCCCAGCCCUGCAUUCCUUGCAUGCCCUGAGCUUUCACUGAAGAAGGCUCCAGAAGGCUUGAAGGAUGAGUGUUUUAACUAAUGUUACUGAUGGGGUGGUUCUUCCUAAGUUAACUGACACUGUAAUUGGUUUCUGGUAUGCUAAUAGGUGUUGCAAAUUACAGGGAGCUGCAAUUUGGAAAUCUUGGGGUUCAGCUCUUCUUUAUUGAUGACUUUCUCUGUUGAGGAAAAGUUUAAAAUUAAGGCUAGCUUCUAAUUAGAAUCAGACAUGUCAGUCCUCAUCCUGCAAUCUGAUCUGUGCAGGCACAUUUGUAUUUGCAUGGAUUCUCAUCUCACUGAGGUUCCUGAGGCUGCUGGACUGGGGAAGAGAUGAGUACAGAAACCAAGGGGUAAAUUCUAGUGUCCUUUCCAGUGUGGUUGGAAAUCAAAUAACAGACUGAGCACAACUAGCUGUUUACUACUGCAGAAUAUAUGGACCAUGACUGCUUUUGUGAGUGUGGGAGGCUAAUGCUUUUUCUUUGUGAAUUUCCCCUUAAAAAAAAAAAAGAAAAAUCAUGGCAUUUCAUUCUUAGUGUGUAACUGUGCUGACAUAGGAUAGGAUCCAGUGAAACUGCAUGUUUUGAUAUGAAGGUUAGAAUCAGGGUUUUUCCAAGAAGACUUCAAACAGAAUUCUUUAAUCUAAUUAGAGAGAUUUAAUUUUUUUUUUCUAAGUUACUGCCUUUUACAAGUUCUGUUCAGAGUAGGGUAUCUGUUUUUUCUAAUAAUAUACUUUUCUAUGUAUUUAAGUGCUGAAACAAAGAAAAAAACCCUUUGGAGCAAGUUUUUAGCAAAAAAACAAUGUUUUGACAAUAUUGAAUUUGGAGUGGAUUGUAAUGUGUCUCUGCAAAGACCAGAUUUUUUUUGUCAUUUUAUUUAUUGAAGAUGCCAUUAAAUGUGUUACCAGUUCUUUCAGGUGGACUUAUGAUUGAGAUAAAGAUUAAAGGCAAUAUGCCCAUGUGUUGUGUCUGUUUAGCAGCAAAACUGUACGAAGAAUUUGAGGAGAUCAAUAAACUUUGUUCUGUGGCUUAA